UAGUUCAAAUCCAAUAAUUAUGACUUUUAGUGAUAUCUAUAAUGGUUUCAUUGCUAUGUUUCAGCUUUUUUCUUCAAGUGAUUGGACAACUGUGCUUUAUAAUGUUUUUCAAUAUGAAUCUGUUAGUGGUUCUGUUGCUACUUCUAUCAUAGCGGCCUUAUUUAUUCUCUUUUACACAGGUCUAUCAAAUUUCGUUCUCCUAAAUAUGUUUAUUGCUGUUGUACAAGAAAAUUUUGCAAUUGCAGAAGAAGAAAAACACAAAAUUCAAGUAGAAUCUUUUCGUAGAAACGCAGAUCCUACUAUAAAGAAAGAUGUUGUGAUUGAAAGAUGGAACAUUUAUAGAUUUUUUAAAGAAAAGCCAAGAGCACUAGCUGUUGAAAAUAUUCCUUCUUCUCUAGUUUUACAUACACAAAAAAGUCGCGUUAAAGAACUUCUUGAAGAUGAUAACAAGAAGAGUAAAAAAGUAUAUUAUGAUUUGAUUUUAUGUGGUGCAUCGUUAAUGUUAAUGCUAUAUGUAGUAACAAAUUUAUUAUUAAUAUUUGUUUCAGACAAGCAAGCAUCACGGA